CUCUUCGAGCUCGGCAUCCAGCCCAGCCUCAUGUCACAGCGAGAGCUCAGACAGCGGUUUCCAGUCCUCCUCUUCGCCUGUGCCGUCCUCUCCAAACAGCUCCUCCUCGGAAAGCAGCUGAGCAGUCGGGGCAGCGAGGGCUCCGAUGCGGCACCCAAGAGCGACCGGCUGGAGGAGCCUGUUAAAACGAACCAGUCAAGUGUUGCUGGUUUGACAAAGGGCCAUAAUGGAGUCACAAAGUUUAAUGGCAUGGUUCUUCUAUGCAAAGUCUGUGGAGAUGUCGCUUCAGGAUUUCAUUAUGGUGUUCACGCCUGUGAGGGCUGUAAGGGUUUUUUCAGAAGAAGCAUUCAGCAAAACAUCCAGUAUAAGAAGUGUUUGAAGAAUAACAACUGCUCUAUAAUGAGGAUGAACAGGAACAGAUGCCAGCAGUGCCGUUUCAAGAAGUGUCUCUCCGUUGGAAUGUCAAGAGACGCUGUUAGAUUUGGCCGCAUUCCUAAACGUGAGAAGCAAAGGAUGCUGAUUGAAAUGCAGAGUGCCAUGAAAACCAUGAUGAACAGUCAGUUCAGCAGCCACUUGCCCAAUGAAGCGUUGACAGAGCCUCAAGAUCAGGCACCUCAGGAAGAGCUUUCCUCCAAGCCCAAGCAAGAGCGAGAAAACAUCAAAAGCCCUUCUCCCCCACCCGGUUCUGACAUUGCGAAGGAAGAAGUGAUCGGGAUGGUCACCAGGGCCCACAAGGACACUUUCAUGUACAACCAAGAACAGCCUCAAAACCCGGUGGAGCCCAUGCAGCCCCAGAGCGGGGAGAGAGUCCCGAACAACCCRGAACAGUUCAUGUUGAGCAGCGAGUGCUGCCCUGCUGGGCUCGGCGGCCCCGCGUACGCUGAGAGCGAGCAGCCCCUGGGCGGACCGUACAAAGGGAGAAAUCCGCCGCACUAUCCCGGCGGGCACACCGGGGGCUUCGCAGGCGGCCACUGCGUCACCUUCAACAGCUACGCCCAGCGCGGCUGCGAGAGGAUCCCAGAGGGUGUCUUCUCCCCAAACAGGAGUGCCAGCUACUCUUGCAGCACUGCAGGAAGAUUGCAUCUGGUGUGUCCAAUGAGUAAGACUCCUUUUGUGGACCCAAACAAGUCUGGCCAUGAAGUCUGGGAAGAGUUUUCGCUGAGCUUCACCCCUGCAGUGAAGGAAGUGGUGGAGUUUGCCAAGCGCAUCCCGGGCUUCCGAGACCUCUCCCAGCACGAUCAGGUUAACCUGCUGAAGGCUGGCACCUUUGAGGUUUUAAUGGUACGAUUUGCAUCUUUAUUUGAUGCAAAGGAACGUACCGUCACCUUCCUCAGUGGAAAGAAGUACAGCGUGGAUGACUUGCAUUCAAUGGGAGCUGGUGAUCUGCUCAAUUCCAUGUUCGAAUUCAGUGAGAAACUAAAUGCCCUGCAACUUAGUGACGAGGAAAUGAGUUUGUUCACAGCAGUUGUUCUGGUAUCUGCUGAUCGAUCCGGAAUAGAAAAUGUCAAUUCCGUGGAGGCGCUUCAGGAGACACUAAUCCGCGCUUUAAGGACCUUAAUCAUGAAAAACCACCCAAAUGAAGCCUCUAUUUUCACAAAACUUCUUUUGAAGUUACCUGACUUGCGUUCCUUGAACAACAUGCACUCUGAAGAACUCCUGGCCUUCAAGGUUCACCCAUAGGCCUUUAGGUCUCACUCGUACCUGGACUUGCCUCGUGUUAAACUGUUUUGUGCUAAAAUAUGUAUUUAUACAAUUGUACCACUUGUUGGGGAAAGAGAGAGAGAGAGAGUUCACAGGCUGUGAGCACCCGAUAGCCGUUCCUAGCCUGGCAAUAACACUUCAGCAGGUGCUUUCAGCUAACGGCAGCGCCGCGUUCGGCGUCCUCGGCCAUGUCCACAUCCAGCUGUGCUGCAGCAGAGGAGCUCGCGAGGAGCCUGGGUCAGCGCUGGCUGUAUUUUCACUUGGAGAAAAAGAACCACCUCUGCCCUCUGAAGUACCUGGGUGCAGAGUAGCUGCGUAUGUGCACAUGGAACGGGGUGGGAACAAUGCUGUGUUAAUAGGAAGAUGGAAGAGCUGUUUUAAUUGGUCUUUAGCUUACCGAAUAGAUGUGCGUCUGUGUCUCUUAACUCAUGGUUAUUUCAUUAAACCCGGUGGAAUGAUUUCAGCCUACACCAACUCUUCACUGAGAGAGUGUGUGUGUGCGCRUGUGUGUUCAUGCCAUGUGUAUAUAGUAUAAAUAGCUACGUAAUGGGUGUUUAUGACUAUAUAAAGUACAGAGUUGUGUGUAUAUAUGUGUAUGUAUAUAAAUAGCUCUAUACAUAAAGUAUACAUAUAAUUUCUUCACAAUAUUUUAAACUGUGAAGGAAUUCAAACUUACAAAAAAAGGUGAUCUAUGGAAAGAACCAAAUAGAUGCACUUUGCGUAUUGCUGAACUAAUUAUCUGACCAUUUCUAAUUUUUAGGAGACAUCAAAUUUGCAUUAAUAUGCUGUGUUUGUUAAUUUAAAAAAUAGAGUGGCACCACAGGAGCAGAGUCAGAUUCAACUUUCAAAACAGCUCAUAGAGAAUCUGAAGUGGAAGUUGUUGUUCGUGAUAUCAGAUUGGUUGUUCACUGCCACUGAGAUUCUUACGUUAUCAUAAUGGAUAAAGAAGCACCAGAUGCUCUUUGGAAAUUUCAGCACAGCCAAGAAGAAACUACUAGAUGAAUAACAGCAUCUAUCAGAAAAAAAUACGGGAAAAAUGUAUCCAUGAUUGCAUUUGGGUGUAUGUGUGUGCCGUGACCAUUUAUUUCUUACAAUGCAUCACUUUGCUGCCUCAUUGCUACAUGAGAAUCUGACACAAAAAUGUGAGAUUCCCUAUGUCUCUUCACAAUUUGGACUUUGUGGUUUCCAUGCCUGUUCUUCUGGAGCUCUCCACUACUGUGUGUCCUGUGUGUCUGUGUGCAUGUGUGUGUAUGUGUAGAGAARGUUCACUGGAUGAUCUGGAUUUUUUAUUUAAAAAAAAAAAAAAAAAGACUAAACAAAUGGGACUUUUUUGUUUUGUUUAUGCCAGUAGCAAAUUACAAAGCAGAUCCUCAAGUUCUAAGAUUCUGCUGCUUUUUCAUCUAGGAAAACGAUUCUCUGUUUUUUUGUUUGUUUGUUUUGUUUUCUUCCUUUCCAUUUGUAGCAGGACCUGGCACCAGAAAAGACAGACUGAAAAAGCCAAAGCAGUUGUGCUCGAGCUAGUUAUGUUCGUUUUGCUAAUGCAGGAAGAUGAUGUUCGAUGAUGUUCCAUUACCCUGGUGUUAAGCUUUAGCUUUGCCUUAGAGGUAGCCCUCUAGCUCUUAGCGUCUGGUAACACUAAUGACUCUGUGGAGAAACGUCUCCAUUUGUUACUGCAUAUAAAUUUAUGCAGUAGUUAAGGCCACAAGCCACAAAGCUGCCCGACUGCAGACCUCCUGCUCGUGUUGUAGGAGUAAGUCUGGAGCAGCAGCACGUCAGUGAGAGUCCCCUGCCUGCGCCCAAGGUUGAGUAGCCGCAGUGCUGCCUGCAAGUGUCUGGAGAAGCCCCCCUGCAGCCUCCCCACAGCCCGGUCAUCUUCUGGCUGGGAGCCUUCCUGCUGGGAAGCAGUAAGGAGCAAUGCCCGCAGUGCAGGGAGCAGGAGGGGGCAGGGGGCAAGUGAAAGGGAGCUGGGGAAGAUGCAGCUCUGGCCUGGGCCAAGGAGCAGGAGAGCAGAGCCCUGCCCGUGCUUCUCAGCUGCUGCAGGGAGCCUUGUCCUCCUUGGAGCUACUUCAACCACCGGAUAACGGCCCCCAAAACCUACACUUCUGCUAUCUGAAUAUGUUACCAGGGCAUAUUGUCCUAACUCACGUUAGUGAUCUGUAUUCUGCCAGUAUUAGCUGUAUGAGAGCUUCACUGAAUUCUGCAUUGAACCAUUCAGGGUUGAGAAAGGGCACAGUCACAUGUUUUGUAUUACCUGAGAGCUGAGAUGUCUUCUUUGUAGACCCCAUUUCAAAUGUGGAAAGUAAACCUAAGCCUUGGUUCUUUGGGAAGAGGAGGAGAAGAGGCUUUUUGCAGAGGAUGCCACCCUACAACCGUGUUUUUUUUUUUAUUUUUUCCUUUUAAAAUUGUAUUAUUAAGCCUUUAGGAAUGUAUAACCAGGACUGAGUAAUUACUGCUUACUGAAUUUUAGUUAGAUUGACUAUGUAUGCCUAUAGAUAGAUACUCUAACUUGUGCAAUUUCAUUUGAAAUAAAUCUUCCUGUACAUAAUGAAAGAAACUCCUAUAUAACAAAGCCCCAAACAGAUUGACUGAACAAAAAAGGUUGAUUAAAGUAGUGUUUAAAAGUGACCCAUACACUAAAAACCCUAGCUGGACUUUUAAAAUCUAAACUCAUUGUAUUAGCCAUGUAUCGUGAGCUCUUCUUUUACUGUGUCACUGGUUAUACACUUGUUAAAUGCUGAGAUAAUAGACUUCUUGC